UGUAGUGUCCAGCAAGGCAACGCUAUGGACAGUGUGCACGAUAAGAAAACUGCAACAUUAAUUUAACAAUAUUUCAUACAUUUACAUGCGUAACGAUCUCCAACACAAGCGAGGAGAUGCGCGCUGUAGAACCUUCAUUUUAACUAAGGAGACAGUGAAUUACUUUAUAAGCUGUUGAUCCCGAGAAGGAAACGCAAAGGAGUACCUUUUUCUACAGCUAUUUACAAAGACCUGAGACCAAGAAGUCAUGAGAAUACGGAGACCAUGCGCACGGUUUUGUGAACUUGUACAAGCAGUUUAGGCUCGAGACAGAAAAGCGAAUGGUUUUUCUGGUAUAUAUGAAACUCGAGUUUUUGAAAAGGAACAUUUUUUACAUUUAGGAUUUUAUUCCAUGUUUUUUUAUUUUAACUAUGGUGGAAUCGGCUCAUUGGACAGGUACGGCGCGUCGUGCGCUGGUGAUCUUGUGUGCGCUUUUCCCGUUGUGUUCAGGCCAGUACCACGGUGAGAAGGGCAUCUCUAUACCCGAACACGGCUUCUGCCAGCCCAUCUCCAUACCCCUCUGUACCGACAUCGCCUAUAACCAGACCAUCAUGCCGAAUCUCCUCGGUCACACGAACCAGGAGGAUUCCGGGCUUGAGGUGCACCAGUUCUACCCGCUCGUCAAGGUCCAGUGUUCCACGGACCUGAAGUUCUUCCUGUGUUCUAUGUACGCGCCGGUCUGUACGGUCCUCGAGCAGGCUAUCCCGCCGUGCAGGUCCCUGUGUGAGCGGGCGAGACAAGGCUGCGAGGCCCUGAUGAAUAAGUUCGGUUUCCAGUGGCCGGAGAGGCUCCGCUGUGAGAACUUCCCCGUCCACGGAGCGGGAGAGAUCUGUGUGGGUCAAAACACCUCGGACACCGGCGGUAGCCCCACCUCGUACCCAACACCCUACCUUCCUGAGCUCAUGACUCUACCCCACAAUAUGGGUCGACCGAGCAAGCAACAGGAGUUCUCCUGCCCGCUACAACUGCAGGUGCCUAACUAUCUGAACUACUAUUUUAUGGGGGUUAAGGACUGCGGCGCGCCUUGCGAGCCCACCAAGCCCAACGGGUUGAUGUAUUUUCGGGAGGAGGAGGUGAAGUUUGGCCGGCUCUGGGUCGGGAUCUGGUCCAUUCUGUGCUGUGUGAGCACCCUGUUCACAGUGCUGACCUACCUAGUGGACAUGGGACGGUUCUGCUACCCAGAGAGGCCUAUCAUCUUCCUCUCUGGCUGUUACUUCAUGGUGGCCACUGCCUACGCCGCCGGGUUCGUCUUAGAGGAUAAAGUGGUGUGUAUUGAUCAAUUCAAGGAUACUGGUUAUAAGACUGUAGCUCAGGGAACUAAGAAGGAGGGCUGUACAAUUCUCUUUAUGAUUGUGUAUUUCUUCGGCAUGGCCAGCUCUAUAUGGUGGGUGAUUCUGUCCUUCACAUGGUUCCUCUCUGCCGGUAUGAAGUGGGGGCAUGAAGCCAUUGAGGCCAACUCUCCGUAUUUCCACCUCGCUGCCUGGGCUGUACCCGCUGUUAAAACGAUAACCAUCCUGGCCAUGGGACAGGUGGAUGGAGAUCUACUCACAGGGGUGUGUUAUGUGGGCAUCAACAGUGUGGAUUCCUUGCGUGGUUUUGUUCUGGCACCUCUUUUUGUCUACUUGUUUAUAGGGACGUCGUUCCUUCUCGCGGGAUUUGUCUCUCUGUUCCGGAUCAGAACUAUCAUGAAACACGACGGAACCAAGACGGAGAAGCUGGAGAAGCUUAUGGUUCGGAUCGGAGUGUUCAGUGUCCUCUACACGGUUCCUGCCACGAUCAUCAUAGCCUGUUGCUUCUACGAGCAGGCGUUCCGUGAACAGUGGGAGAAAACUUGGCAUACACAGAUCUGUAAAAGGUUCGCUGUGCCUUGUCCAACAAACAAUUUUGCGCCCAUGACCCCAGACUUUACUGUCUUCAUGAUCAAGUAUUUGAUGACUUUGAUUGUCGGCAUCACCUCCGGGUUUUGGAUAUGGUCAGGCAAAACACUGCAGUCAUGGCGCAGGUUUUAUAAGAGACUGAGUACCAGCAACGAGGGAGAAACGACAGUAUGAACAUCAAUGACAGACCGAGUAUCAGCAACGAGGGAGAAACGACAGUAUGAACAUCAAUGACAUACCGAGUACCAGCAACCAGGGAGAAACGACAGUAUGAACAUCAAUGACAGACCGAGUAUCAGCAACGAGGGAGAAACGACAGUAUGAACAUCAAUGACAUGUCAAUGAAUGUUUCUGUACAGCACUUUGAGAUAUCAGCUGACGUACGAAGGGCUAUAUAAAUAAAUUUGAUUUGAUUUGACAGACCGAGUGAUAAUAUAAUGGGCUUGUGUCCCAAAUGGCACCCUACGCCCUAUUUAGUGCACUACUUUUGUCCAGGGCCCAUAUAGUAGUGCACUAGUAAGGGAGUAGGGUGCCAUUUGGGAUUAGAACAUUACGCAUGGAAUAAGACCUAUGAUGAGUUCAAUACGGGGGUCCGUGGCUCGUGCAGCCCCGCCCCCCUCCUUUCAGGAGCCAAUAAAAAGCCAUUGUGGUUUCCCAGAUCCCAGGGUUGUUGUUACGAAAACAAGCUCAUACGGACACUUUAUUGUGCAACGAUCGUCUGAAGGGAAUC